CAUUUCUAGUAAUUUCAUUUUUCACAUGUAAUAACAAAAAUCGCUUUUCCCUUUUCUCUUACAGUCGCACCCUCGCUGUGUGCAAACCCAUUCACCAUGUCGACGAUCAGCAUUUUCGAUCACGAGCUCCCCGACGACACCCACAACCGCUACGACGUGUCGUUCUACUCGGAUCAGAUCCAUACUCUCGUCACGCAAACCCCUUCCAUGGUUGAUGCUUGGCUCUCCGAAAUCUACCAGAUCCAACGGAGCCUCCCCCGCCAAAUCGUCGGCCUCGACGUUGAGUGGCGCCCCAACUUCAGAGCAAACUUCGAGAAUCCCGUCGCCACUUUGCAACUCUGCGUUGACAGUCGCUGCCUCAUCUUCCAAAUAAUGCACGCCCCUUUCAUUCCCACCUCUCUUGUCGACUUUCUGGGCGAUGCCAGUUUCACCUUUGUGGGGGUCGGCAUAGAGAGUGACGCCGAGAAGCUAUUGGAAGAUUAUGGUCUGCGAGUGGCCAAUGCAGUUGAUCUUCAGCGUCUGGCUGCGGAGGAGUUGGGGGUGAGGGAGCUGAGAAAUGCUGGGUUGAAGACCUUGGUCAUGGAGGUGCUCGGAAAGGAGGUUCAGAAGCCGAAAAGAAUUACAAUGAGUAGGUGGGACAAUCAGUGGCUUACUCAUGCUCAGGUGCAGUACGCUUGCCUUGAUUCUUUUCUGUCUUCUGAGAUUGGGAAGUGUUUAAACGCAGCAAACUAGGGUACUUUUGGGAUGUGGGUUUGGGUGGAUUUCAUGGAUGAAAAGGUUUUGGGAUGGUUUUGUAUGUGUGAAUGUUAGUGUGGUCUUUCUUUUGUGGGUUUCAUGAAUAUGGAAUAUGGAACUUAGAUGGUGGGCUUUGGAUUAGUACGGCAGCACUAUAUGUUCCAUUUCUUUUUCUUUCUAGGGAUUAAAAUGUUUGGUAACCUUUCUUUGUCCUUAGAAGGCCGAAUUACGUUUAGAGUUUUGAUUUGUUUGA